CAGGCGGCGGCUCUGCGGAGAACAAGGAGGGACCUUCUGGGGAAUCGAAACUGAAACUUUGCCUCUCGGGUCUUUAGGGCAGGGCUCGCCUUUGCUCUUCCCUGUCUGUGCAGCGCCCCUGAGCCCCAAACGAGCCAGACGCGGAUAGCCAUGGCUUCCAGUCCCGACCCGCCGUCCCCGCUACUCGUACGGCUGCGGGAGUCCAUCCCCAAGGCGCACAGGAAGCUCGAGAUAUACUUCCAGAGCCGGGCCUCGGGAGGUGGGGAGUGCUCUGUCCAGCCCGUGGGCCCCAGCGCCCCGGACACCUACGAGGUGAAGUUCCUAAAAAAAGCAGAUAAGGAGAAAGUGUUGAAAAAGAGCGAACACGAGAUGUUGGUCCAUAACAAACCUGUGACCAUUGUCCUGGAAACUACUAAAAAGCCAGUAGAGGACCUGAGACCCAGACUCCCAUCCUUGACACAGCCAGUGGAGACACCAAGCUCCAGACCUCCGUCCUUGACGGGGUCUCUGGAUGAAGCACUUUGUGAUGACAUACAUCCCCAGGACGGGCUCGUUUCUAACUCUGUUGACUCAGUUGUCCAAAAGAUCUUUCUUGCUGUGACCGCUGAGCUGAACUGUGACCUGCUCUCUAAAGAGCAGAGAGCAUCUAUAACCACUGUCUGCCCUCACAUCAUCAAAAGCAUGGAGGGUAGUGAUGGAAUUAAGAAGGUGUGUGGCAACUUCAAAGAUAUUGAAAAGAUACAUCACUUCUUGAGUGAGCAGCUUUUGGAACGGGAGCAGAAACGGAAGGGAAGCGAGCAGAAACGGAAGUGCGCCCCACAGAAACACACACCUCCCGAUGUGGAGCGGGAGCCCCCUGAUCAGAGCAGUAUUCAAGUUCCUGUGCUUCUCCUUGAAUAUUUCAAGCAUGUUAAUCCGGGUAGACUAGAGUUCAUAGAGUACAAAUUUGGUGUAAACAUUGAAAUCCAAGCUAGUUCUCCCAAUAUGGUCACUGUAGGCUUCACCUCCAGCCCAUUUGGCAACGUAGAAGAAGCAAGUCAGUCCUUUGUCAGAGACUUUCAGAAAUGCUCGCAGUCUCUGAAGCAAGAUUGUAUCUCUUUAGAGGAGCACCAGAGAGCAAAGGAGGUCAGACAGGAGCUGAGUCGCUGCUUCCCAAAGCUCUUGAUAAAGGGACAGGGAAGAACGCUGACUCUCCUCGGCUCUCCUGCUGACAUUUCAGCCGCCACAGAAAAAGUCUCCCAAGGUCUUGGCCUGAGACCUGUGAAAAUAACCGCAUCUGGGUACACGACGGGCAUCGAGGUCGAUUCAACACGCUUUAAGCUUCUAGAGCCUGAACUGCUCCAGGAAAUCUCAGAGAUCGAGCAGAAGUUUAACACCCGUGGCAAAGUCCAGGAAAAAGGCCAGAAAACCUGCAUUCUUUUUGUCCCCAAGGAUAAAGACUUAGACCUGUCAGUGCAGUCCUACACAGGUUUUACUGAUGCCUUCCAGCGUGCCACGUGGCAGCUGAGGACAGAAGUUCUGUCGCUGAAAGGGUUGGGCAAGGAGAGAGCUCGCUUACACAAUACCAAGUUUGCCGACAACUUUAAAAAAGAGCACCCGAAUGUGCACUUUGUGACAUCUCAGGAGUCAGUGACCUUGACUGGCUUGCCACAUCACCUUGCGCAGGCAAUGCAGUAUGUCUCCAAAAGAAUGGGACUGGCACCGUCAUCUGGAGAGAAACUCGCUAUGGAUCAGGAAACCCCCAUGGAGAUCAGCAGUAGUGACCCCCAUGGAGAUCAGCAGGAGAAUGCAGCCUUACCUGCUCCCCGAGGCACCUCUAGCAGCCCUGCAGCUUCGAAGGGGACUGAGGACUACUGUGUCAUCUGCAUGGAUACCAUCAGCAACAAGCACGUGCUCCCCAAGUGCAAGCAUGAAUUCUGCACCUCGUGUAUCAGCAAAGCCAUGCUUAUCAAGCCUGUCUGUCCUGUGUGUCUGACUUCCUACGGCAUCCAGAAAGGGAACCAGCCAGAGGGAACCAUGUCUUACUCCACUCAAAAAGGGUCACUUCCAGGUUAUGAAGGCUGUGGCACCAUUGUGAUUAAUUAUGAAAUAAAAGAUGGCAUCCAAACAAAAGAGCACCCAAACCCAGGAAAGGCUUAUCAUGGAACACGGCGAACUGCAUACUUGCCUGAUAAUACUGAGGGAAGAAAGGUUUUGGAUCUGCUCCACGAAGCCUUUAAGCACAGACUGACUUUCACAAUAGGAUACUCUCGAGCAACAGGAGUCUCGGAUGUCAUUACAUGGAAUGAUAUUCAUCACAAAACAUCCAAGUUUGGAGGACCAGCAAAUUUUGGCUACCCUGAUCCUGAUUACCUGAAACGUGUCAAGGAGGAGCUGAAAGCAAAAGGCAUUGAGUAAGGAAACUGCAGGGAAGAUGUCUGUCCACUCUCAAAAGACAUGUGUCAGGAGGCUGGAUAGUACAGACCAAAAUCUGUUUCUAGAACGACUUUGUAACAUUUUUCAUGUUAAGUAGUCUGUUUGCCAGUCUUUUCUAGAGUGGCUGGCACUCUUUCAUGGAAGGCAAACUCUACAGGCACAGGUUGGGGGGAAUGGCCCUGUCUACAAAGCAUGAAGAAAUGAGCUCAGAUCUGAAAUUAUCCAUGGAAAAGCCUGGUGUGUUGGCAUGCACUUGUAAUCUUAGCACUGGUGAGUAGAGACAGGAGGAUUCCUGGAGCUUACUGGCCAACUAGCCUAGUUAAAACCAUGAGCUCUGGAUUCACUGAGAGACCUUAUCUCAAGAAAUAAGGUGGAUCGGGACAUGGGGGUGCAUGCCUUUAAUGUCAGAACUUGGAAGGCAGAAGCGGGCAAUCUCUGAGUUCCAGACCUCACCUGGUCUACAGUGUCCAAGUCCCAGGACAGCCAGCUAUACAUAGUGAGACCUUGUCUCAAAACAAAUAUUAGGAAGACAGAAACAAAUAUAUCUAACAUCAUCCUCUGUUCUGCAUACACACCUACACACACACACACACUGGGGAGCGGGGAGAUAGAAAAGAAAACUUUAUAGUUUUAUAGGAUUUCAAUUUUUGCUGAAGAAAUCUGACGUCAUUCUUGUGUUACGGUUGGGGUGUUGGGUGAGUCUGUAAUCAUCUUCUAUGUCCUUACAUAAUGGAACCUUCCCUGAUUUUUGUUUGCUUUGUUUAUUUGAGACAGGGUCUCACUGCAUAGCUCUGGAACUCAAUUUGUGGACCAGCUUGGUCUUGAACUUAGAUCUGCCUAUAUCAGCCUCCUGAGUGCUGGCAUUGCCUGGUUUUUUGUUUGUUUGUUUGUUUGUUUGUUUGUUUGGGGGUUUUGGUUUUAGCUUUUUUGGUUUGGGUUGAUUUGGUUUGGUUUAGUUCGGCUUGAUUUGAUUUUGAUGUUGGAAUUUAAACCCUAGGCCAGUGAGUUCCAUCCCAUAAUUCUUUUUCAUGUCCAUCUCUGUAGCAAUACAUUAGUUGUUUAUUUUUUAAUCUCUUCCUGAACCCUUGUGUAAGUGGGAAAGUGAAACCCUUGUAUAAAUGGGAACUUUAAAAACAGGUUUGGCAGCCGGACGUGGUGGCGCACCCCUUUAAUCCCAGCACUUGGGAGGCAGAGGCAGGUGGAUUUCUGAGUUCGAGGCCAGCCUGGUCUACAGAGUGAGUUCCAGGACAGCCAGGGCUAUACAGAGAAACCCUGUCUAGGAAAAAAAAAAAAAAAAGACAACAACAACAACAACAAACAGGUUUGGCUGGAAAAGACUCAUAUUUCCUUCCCUACCCAUAGCAAGAGAAGUUUCCAGGAGAUGAGGCAACUUUUGGUAAUAAAUAGAACAAAAAGACUUAUAUUUUUCAGGACACAGAGCCUAGGAGAUACUGUGUGACUACUGCCUGACUCAAGAUGCUAGUAGCUCAGCAGAGGAGUGAAUAGAUAAAAAGAUAUGUUCCCCAAAUCUUCGGGAGAGAGAUGACUUGAGACCGUGACAUUCAUUUGGAAAAUAGUUUUCUUACCCCAACUUGUACUGAUUAGACACUGACUAAGCCUUGAAUUUGGGCUCUACUCUCCCCUGAUCCAUGGAACCUGUCCUAGAGGAUGCACUUGCCCUGCCACAGAAGUGCAACAUAGUUUUUAUAUUCUUCCCUACACAUUAUGUUGUACUUUUAGAAUAUAUAUUGUUUCAAGUUUUAACGGGUAAAUAGCCUUCCCUUAGUUUAAUAUUUCACAGUAUUUGCUACCUGCAAUGUAGUGGCUUUUUGUUUUUUAAUCCUUUGAGCGAAUCCCAGCAGUCUGUUAUCUCAUAUAUAGUCUUUCUAAUCCUUUCCCUGGACAGGAGUAAAGGAGAAAGUUCAACCUACUGUAGAGUCUGGAUGGCACAUCACAGUUCACUGUAAGUGGUUCUCCAAGUUAGAAGAAAACCACAGCAGGCAAUGACCUGGUGAUCUGUAUUCCAGCCACUCUCCAAAAUGGUAGAUGACACCCUAACCUUCUCCUUAAGACACAUAUGCACAUACAUAAAACCAUUUUGGCCAGAUAUUAAUAGGAAGUAUUAAUCAAGUACUUAUCCUGUAAGUACUUAACAUUGAUGGGAUCAAUCUGAUUAAUAGCUCUAUUCUUUGAACAGAAAACUCAUAUACAGAGCACAGUAGUCAAUCACUGAGGGUGACAUAACCAAUAAGUAGAAGUGCUAACUUUUACUUUCAUCCCCAUUUUGGUUUUUUUGUUUGUUUAGAUUUUUUUUUUUUUUUUUUUUGAGCCAGGGUCUCAUGUAACCUAGACUGGCCUCUCCCUAUGUAGCCAAGGCUAUUCUUGAACUCUGACCCUCCUGCCUCACCUCCUGCCCAGGUUCUUGCAUGUAUCCUAGGCAGAGCUCUCAGGAUCUGCUUCCACAGCCUUCCAAGUGCAAGGCCUGCACCAUCAUAGCUGCCUUCUGCAUCCGGUUCGGACCUUUCCCUUUGGAUGAUUCACCAAGUGUUUAUCAUUAAGACCAACUGAUCAUUUUCUGUCUUCUAAUCUUGUAAUCAAAUUUACUCUAAAGAAGAAAAAAAUGGUUUCUGUUAAGUUCUGGAUCUUUUAUUUCAUCCAGUGUGCACAUGCAAAUUCCACGUGGUGGAGGGCUCAAUGACAUUUGGAUUUUUUUCUUUUGCAAGGUGUUAUUAUCUGCAUUAAAUAAAGUCAGGUCCUUACAUACAA